UGCUGCCAGAUGUAACCAUACAGUUCAAUUAGCUCCAACCGAAGAGCCAUCAGAAAUCUUCUGUUCAACAUUUCGAGGACUACCAAACUCCAGCAACAUGAAAUACAUCGGUCUUGCAUUAACAUUGCUCUGUGCAAUCGCAUACACUGCAGCUCAACAAGAACAACUUGGAGAUGAAGAAGAGUCCUACAUCCCAGAACGUAUUCGUCGGGAGGCCGAUCCCCAGGGAUCUCUGGUCAUCCAGGGAACGAAGCCCUUGGAUGGUCCAGACCGACGACCAUCUCUAGACGUUGACUACCACAACCGAGUUUUUGAUAGAAACGGUGGAGCAUUAAGCACCUAUGGUGGUCUUAACAUUCGUCCAGGUCAAUCACCACAGCCGCAUGCUGGUCUUCAAUACGAACGCAAUUUCAACAAUGGUUUCAUCAGAGGACAUGGCCAAGUACAACGAGGUCCUGGUGGCGGAGCUUCCCCUAGUUUUGGAAUGACUGGUGGAUUCAGAUUCAGACGAGAAGCUGAUCCUCAGGGAUCUUUGGUCAUCCAGGGAACGAAGCCCUUGGAUGGUCCAGACCGACGACCAUCUCUAGACGUUGACUACCACAACCGAGUUUUUGAUAGAAACGGUGGAGCAUUAAGCACCUAUGGUGGUCUUAACAUUCGUCCAGGUCAAUCACCACAGCCGCAUGCUGGUCUUCAAUACGAACGCAAUUUCAACAAUGGUUUCAUCAGAGGACAUGGCCAAGUACAACGAGGUCCUGGUGGCGGAGCUUCCCCUAGUUUUGGAAUGACUGGUGGAUUCAGAUUCAGACGAGAAGCUGAUCCUCAGGGAUCUUUGGUCAUCCAGGGAACGAAGCCCUUGGAUGGUCCAGACCGACGACCAUCUCUAGACGUUGACUACCACAACCGAGUUUUUGAUAGAAACGGUGGAGCAUUAAGCACCUAUGGUGGUCUUAACAUUCGUCCAGGUCAAUCACCACAGCCGCAUGCUGGUCUUCAAUACGAACGCAAUUUCAACAAUGGUUUCAUCAGAGGACAUGGCCAAGUACAACGAGGUCCUGGUGGCGGAGCUUCCCCUAGUUUUGGAAUGACUGGUGGAUUCAGAUUCAGACGAGAAGCUGAUCCUCAGGGAUCUCUGGUCAUUCAGGGAACGAAGCCCUUGGAUGGUCCAGACCGACGACCAUCUCUAGACGUUGACUACCACAACCGAGUUUUUGAUAGAAACAGUGGAGCAUUAAGCACCUACGGUGGUCUUAACAUUCGUCCAGGUCAAUCACCACAGCCGCAUGCUGGUCUUCAAUACGAACGCAAUUUCAACAAUGGUUUCAUCAGAGGACAUGGCCAAGUACAACGAGGUCCUGGUGGCGGAGCUUCCCCUAGUUUUGGAAUGAGUGGUGGAUUCAGAUUCAGACGGGAUGUCGACUCCAUGGAUGGAGAAGAGGAAUAGUAUUACCACUCUGCGGGCGAAACAUCUUUUUGUCGAAACUAACUUUUGUCGGUACCUUUACGUUUCGUACACGAAUUCAAAUUUUUAAUCAAACAGAUCGCGUUUAAAAUUUUUUGAUUACGUUGUAUCAAGACGUUUAAAAUUCUCCAUACAUCCGUAUCAUUAAUUUAUUUAAUCGCUCGUGUAAACCAAAGGGCCGGUGGUAGUUUCUUUAAAUUCAUCUUCGACAAAAAGUUGCCGCCCUUACGAAUUAACUGCAUUUACUUAAAGUUUAAUAACCGUUGAGGCUAUGUAUUAUUUAAAUACG